GUGUAAUUUUUGACGUAUCGGCUCCGUGCAAGAUCUAACUUCCCAAGAACUUCAACAGACUGAACGUUUUGCAGAUAGCAUUGUCAGAAAGCAAUUUUAAUAAAUGAAUGCAAUUUUUAGAAGAAGUUUUCUAAAGAUUCAGCUAUGAGAACAUUGAGAAAAUGGAAUCUUCUUCAACAUGGAUCCAAACUUUGUCAUUCUCUUUUCUCACAAUAGCCUUCCUUCAUUUGGUUGACGUACUGAUUAUAUCCCCAAAACUCACCCUCAAUCCCCAAAAUGUCAGAGUCAAGAAGCUGCCACCGCUUCCCCUGCGGUUCAACUCUGAUGGAACUUUCAAAAUCCUUCAGGUAGCUGACAUGCAUUUUGGAAAUGGACUGGUGACUAGAUGCAGGGAUGUGCUGGACAGUGAGGUCGCGUACUGUUCAGAUCUCAACACUACUCAGUUCCUUGAAAAGAUGAUUCAACUAGAGAAGCCUGAUUUCGUUGCUUUUACGGGACUUAGGAGACUGUGACAGUGAUUGUUUCGGGAAAUGACGAUUACAGAGCUAGACGAGUAGCAAAUGUGGAUGAUUUUUCAAAAUGUAAAACAGUAUGUUCAAAGUUUUUUGGCAGAUCCUUUUGGAUGUGAUGAUUCAUGCAUGUCAUAUUGGCAUUUCAGUUUUUUGUAUAAUAUUUUAUGGUGAUAUUGCAUGACACAUGUAGAUUAUGUUUUAACAAGGUGUUUAGAACAUAGGUAAAUCAAGGAGAUGUGAUUUGAACGUGGGAUAUGUUUCCAGAAGAAAACAUUGGCAGGAGAUAAUAUAUUUGGAACAAGUGCCACAGAUGCAGCUGAAUCUCUAUUCAGAGCUUUUGCGCCGGUUAUAAAAGCCGGGCUUCCCUGGGCAGCAGUUUUAGGAAACCACGAUCAGGAAUCAACACUGAAUCGUGAAGAAUUGAUGUCUUUCAUCUCCCUUAUGGAUUACUCUUUGUCAAAAACUUUUCCUUCAGCUGAAGAGGCUGCUUCUGAUCCAAGCAACCAAAACCAGGCCCCACAGAUUGAUGGGUUUGGGAAUUAUAACCUGAGAGUAUGGGGUGCUCCGGGCUCACAGUAUGUGAAUAGCACUGUCCUUAAUCUCUAUUUUCUUGACAGUGGGGACAGAGCCGUAGUCCACGGAGUUCGAACAUAUGGAUGGAUUAAAGAGUCUCAACUUCAAUGGCUUCACGGCAUUUCUAAAGGAAAUCAGGUCGCAAAAUGACAGGAACAAUAUCAACACUCCAAAUUUGAAUUAACUGAAUUUUCCAAUGUCGCCCCUGCAUUAACCUUCUUCCACAUUCCCAUCCCAGAAAUUAAACAAGGACCUGUAAAAGGUAUUGUUGGCCGAUAUCAGGAACAUGUAGCAUGUUCAUUUGUGAACUCUGGAGUCCUAAACACACUUGUCUCUAUGGGAGACGUAAAGGCGGUUUUCAUAGGUCAUGAUCACACAAACGACUUCUGUGGGAAUCUUGACGGCAUAUGGUUUUGCUAUGGUGGAGGUUUUGGAUAUCAUGGUUACGGUGUUGCAGGGUGGCCAAGGAGGGCAAGAGUCAUUUUGGCUGAACUUGGGAGAGGGGAGAAGUCAUGGAAUGGGAUAGAGAGGGUCAAGACAUGGAAACGACUUGAUAAUGGGAAGCUCAGCAAGAUUGAUGAGCAAAUCCUUUGGCAGAGGUGAAAAUGUUGACCUGUUUGUACCUUGUAACUUUAAUGUUGUCUCUUGUGGAUAGUUAUACCACAUUUUAGUUUUUGCAGUUUCUUUGAAAACUUGUGACUGAGAAUUCACUCCCACGAAAAUUUACUGAAUCAUAUACCAUCUAUUACGUGAGCUUCUUGUAAAUUGCUUAAGGCUGUGUUUGGACUUGGUAUCCAGACAAAUACUAGUCUACUAGAAACAGGGAAGAAAGUGCAAAGAAAAAUUAUUAUCAU